CACACACACACAGACAGACAAACCAACUACCGUAACCCUCGCUGCGCAUGCGCACCGGUAGUUAAAAAUGUGCCACGCAACGCGCUGUAUAAUCGCGCCGCCGUAUAUAUACGGUCCGCAUAUCCGCGGCCGGACUAAUAAUCGCGCAUGCGUAGUGCAUCUAUCACUUACAUCGACUCAAUCAGUGGUGGCAGGUAUACAGAGUUUGACUCGGUUACUGCAGACUUGCAGGUCGCACACAAAAUCAGAGAGAGCUCCAUUAGAGAGCCCCGAGUAUGUCUCACUGCCAUCGUCCCAUCUGGCAUGUCACAUGUCUUUGUCAAAUAAAACAAACGGUGAAGAGGCAGCAGUUAGCCAAGAGAGGGAAGAAAAAGGAGGAGAAGGAAGAAGUAGAGGAAGAAGGAGUGUCAAGAUGUAGAAUCAGUCGAAGGAGGAGUCUGCUGCAGAGAAGAAAGAUGUCUCUAUGGAGGAAGUUGAAAUCAGCCUAUGGUGGUAGACAACACAAAACAUUGAUGCAUACUACUUAAUAUUCGUUUGCUGUUACAAUUUUAUAUACCAACUUGGGUGCUAAUGGAUGUUGUUUUGGGUGUUCGGCACUUUACUGUUUCUCACAUGAUUAGAUGCUAGAUGCUUUGCGUGUGUGGAGAAGAUUUGCUGGUCUGCCUGU